AUGUUCCGGGCGCUCAGUAAUUUCUCCCAGUCGGUGUUGGCCAGCCCGGAGGAAUGGAGCCGCCUGAAGAAGCAGCAGCAGCAGGCAGCACUUGGCCACCUGCUGCAGGCCAUGGAGGUUGCCAUCGCCGACGCUGCCCUCAACCUACUCCUCAACAACAAGACGCGCUAUUUGUCGCCCACCAUCGAUGAAACGACUGUCAGCUAUGGAACCAUUAAUGCCACCACAGAACAAUCUACCAAAGCUCCCGAUCAGAUAGACGCGGCUGUGAUCCAAGACAUCGUAAACGAGAUCCGAAGCUUCAAGGAGAAAGCAUGCAACAGAUUUGUCGCAGGAGGACCGGACAAGGCGCUCAGUAAUUUCUCCCAGUCGGUGUUGGCCAGCCCGGAGGAAUGGAGCCGCCUGAAGAAGCAGCAGCAGCAGGCAGCACUUGGCCACCUGCUGCAGGCCAUGGAGGUUGCCAUCGCCGACGCUGCCCUCAACCUACUCCUCAACAACAAGAAGCGCUAUUCGUCGCCCACCAUCGAUGUGGACGAAUGCGAGCAUGGGCACCAGUGCAGCGCCAACAUGACCUGUCGCAACACCUUUGGGAGUCACCUCUGUGUCUGUGGAGCGGGAUAUCACCCAGGGCCAGGACAGACACACCAGACCUGUCAAGUCGAUCCACUCGUUUGUUCCGACUCGGGAAAGCGGAGUUCCACAGUGCAGCGGUGCAGUCGCAAGCAGUUAACCUCUGCAGAAGACGUGCUGAACAUAGCUGCUUGCUUCCAAUAUAAAAUGUGUCAGAAUUUCAGCGUGGAAAGUGAUACCAAGGACAUGGAAGCCUUUACAAACACGGUUCUCAAUCACUCACUGCUGGAAACCAUGAACACAAAUGAAAGGCAGAAGGUAGUAACAACCAUAUUGGACCUUGUGGACAAUAUGGCCAUGGCGAUAGCUCUUACUCUGCCCAGUUCACAAGUGAAGACCAUCACAACAGAUUCAUUUGUUCUGAAGUUCCAGGUGAUUGAAAAGAAGAAUAGCAAUGCGGACCAUUUGGUGGAGAUGCAUGUUGCGAGCAAUGUCAUGAAGAUAUUCUGGAGUUCAAUCACUGAAGGCACUAACCCUGACUUUGUGGCUGUUUCCUUUCUUGUAUUCAACGACAUGGAAUCCCUGUUGAACAGAGAGAUUAAAGGAGGAAUCUCAACUCAGAGGACGUUCCCAUUGAUCUCCAAGGUGGUCUCAGCCACGAUCAGCAACAAAGUCGCCAGCUCCAAGCUGAAAGAAAUGGUCAAUUUCACUCUGGCAAUCAACCAGUCGCAGGAACAGAAAGACAACGAGAAGCCAACGUGUGUGUUUUGGAAGACGACGGAAGGUGAAAGUGUCUGGUCCCGUGAGGGUUGUGUAACGUAUGGUUUCAAUCAGACAUACGUGGACUGCCAGUGUGACCACCUCACAAGCUUUGCUAUUUUAAUGGCUCCUGUUGAUCUUAAGGGUGACCGGCACUUGGAGGUGAUCACCUACAUCUGCCUCAUCAUCUCUCUGCUGUGCCUCGCCGCCUCCAUCGCCAUCUUUGUCAACUGCAGCUCCAUCCAGAACGCCAACACCACCGUCCACAAGCACCUGAGCUUCACCCUCUUCCUGGCACAGUUCGUCUUCCUGAUAGGAAUGCGGAUUAAACACAAGGUAAGAAAUCUAAGCUGCAGCUUCAAAUUCUCAGCUCUCUCCUGGAUCUUGACCUAG